AUGUCUACUGAAUCCAAGUCCAUGCGUGCCGUUGUCCAAAAUGAGGGAUCUGACAUGACCUGUUCUGUGCAGACCAAGCCUAUCCCCACCCCUGGGUCCAAUGAAGUACUCAUCAAAGUCGAAUAUGCCGCUCAAAACCCGACCGACUGGAAACACUCGGCCUUCUUCUCGCCUGCCGGCUCCACAAUGGGGUGCGACUUUUCCGGGACCAUCACCUCUCUCGGUCCGGACAUUGUCAACUCCUCUUUGAAGGUCGGGGACCGAGUCGCUGGCUGUGUCCAUGGAAACCUGUUCGAGGAUAAGGGAAGCUAUGCAGAGUACUGCAAGCAGGAGAGCGAUCUGGUAUUCAAGGUGCCGGAGGGUAUGGGGAUGGAUGAGGCUGCUACGUUUGGUGUCGCGUGGGUGACAGCUUGUCAGGUCCUGGUAUCUGACCAAAACGUCCCCUGGCCGCCAGCCAAGCAGGACAAGUACUACCUGAUCUACGGUGCCUCCUCCUCUGUCGGUCUCUUCGCCCUCCCUCUCGCCAAAGCCAUGGGCUACAAGACCAUCGCCGUCUGCUCCCCUCACUCCUUCGACCUCGUGAAAUCAUACGGAGCGGACGAGGUCGUAGACUACCACCAAGGCAUCGAGGCCGCUGGCGCCGAGAUCCGGAAGUUGGCAGGUGGGGGCGGGGUGGACAUUGGACUGGACACGAUUUCGGAUGGCGAUAGUGUCAAGAUCAGCCAGGCGGGCUUUGGGGAGAAUGGAGGGAGGCUGAAUUUGAUCUUGCCGGCGCCAAAGGAUAAGGCGGGGUUGAGAGAGGAUGUCGAGUUGUCCAGUACGAUGAUGUACACGCUUUUCGGCAAGCGCUUCACCAUGACACCCCUCAAGCCCAACCCGUACUACUUCCCCGUCAUAGACAAGGACCGCAAGUUCGGCGCGGCCAUCAUGGACCACACACCCGAGCUCAUCUCGAAAUACGGCGUCAAGGCGAACCCGAUCGACCUGCGGGGCGGUCUGGACGCCGUACCACAGGGUUUCGCAGAUAUGAAGGCUGGCAAAGUAUCUGGUAAGAAGUUUGUCUACAAGGUGGCCGAGUAG